CAUACCGUUGUCGCUCUCCUUCUCUCUCUCUGACUGAUGUGUGUUCUUCCACACUCUAUCUUGUGUCAGUUAAUAGUUAACGGCGACAGAGCAGAGUUGUCGUGGCACCACGACCCCGACACCUGGCACGUUCUGAGCGCCAUCCAACCCGGGCACCCCGGAUCAGCUGACUUACCAUGGGAAACUAUAUAUGUGGUACACUGAGGAAGAAGAAAAAUAAAGAUGGAGAUGACAGUGAUGAUCAUAGCAGCCCAGACACAGAAAAGAAGGAAGAGGAUGUGACAUACGCCACCAUUGACCAUAGCAACACCAAGACAACAGGUGUCAUAAUAGAUUCUCACCCUAACGACUGUGACUACGCCAUUGUUAAACCUCCAACUUGCCUCGCCCACCAGUCGUUAAUUAAAGAAGACUGUGCAGAUGACUAUGUCUUCAUGGGCUGACCUCAUGUACAAUGUGUGUGUGUGUGUGUGGGGGGGGGGACAUUUUGAAGGGGGACAAUGGAGAUGCAAGGUGGACAUAGGCCUGGGGCAAGCUGGACAGCACCCUCCUGGACCAAAAGACCCUAGAUGUGACUAUGAUAGCGCCCACAAAUGGAACUUUUGAUGCAGUGUGGUUGCAGGAAUGGUGUGCUUUUAUAGUUGUGUUUAAUUAUGUUUUACAGUCACAUUAUGCUUAUGUUAAUGUUUACAUUUUUUUCCCUAAGAGAAACGGAUGCUUUAGUUCAAACUU